AUGGCUCAAAACGCAAGAACAAGGAAUGUGGAGAUGUUAGAAGACUUGAAAAUUCGCAGUUUAAUGGCCUCUUACAUGAUGUUCGAUAGGUCAACCAAAUACGGAAACUAUGCAUUUCGGACACUGAUUUUAGUUGCCAUGCUGAUGGGUGUGGCUGCUGCUAAUAUAUUUGACUACAUCCCCGUGGGUGAUGAUGAAGAUUGGGUUUCCGUCUCUAAGAUGGUCAUAGGAUUGGUCUCUGGAUUUUCAGCUACCAUUCAAACUGGCAAGAUAUUUCUUCUUGAAUACUUUGAAAAGAAAGAGAAACUCUAUAACGAGACAGCAGCAGGUUGGCAAAAACUGGAGUUGGACAUUCGUCUAUUUCUGAACUAUAUCGACACAGCCACGGACGAAGAUAUUAGAGAGUUUACAAGUAAAUGUAUACAGGAGCGGGAUAAUGUAUGCUCUAAGUCAAAACCAGAGGGAGAUAUGUAUCAACAUUAUCAUGAUCACCCCCUUGUAACGAUCGAGCAGUAUCGGAAGAAGCAUGACUUGCUAUCACCAACAAAAUGUCAACAACCAGAAGUCAACCUCAAGGGGCAGAUGAGACACACCCUCAACCUCAAUCUGAACCCCAGCCUCAAGCUCAGGCUCAACCUCAGCCUCAAACCCAGCCUCAACUCGAGUUUGAACCUGAACCUCAACCGCAACCGCAGCCUCAACCCCAACCGGAAACCCAGCCUCAACCCCAGGCUCAACACGAACCUCAACUUCAUUCUCAAACCCAUCCUCAACACGAGCCUCAAACUCAACCUGAACUUCAGGGUCAAGAGAAGCAUAAAUCUCAGCCUCAGCCCCAACCUCAACCCCAGCCUCAGUCUCUAA